GGUGCGUGUUGAAAACAUGUUGAAAGGGUGCGUGUUGAAAACCCAGAAGGAUAUAAACAGAAAUUGCAACCAACAGCACUAACAUCAAUAUCUAUGUCUGCUAUCUGCCUUGUAUCUCUGGAAUGUUUUGCAUAUCGAAUUCUUGGCAGAUUUUUGUUAUGGACGCGAGCUAUCGAAGGCAGCGCCGCCCAUCCUAUUGUGCGGCAAUAAUUUGUUGCAUUAUUCUUGCGCCAUGCUCAUCCGCGUACAGGGAUGCACGGGAUUACCCAGACGAAGAGGUGGAAAAUGAUUUCAUUGCGGAAGACAUGAAUAACGGGAUCAACGAAACCUCGCUACGUGAUCGACUGUCCGAGCGAAGUACCGUAAAUGUAGCACUGGACGACAUUGUGUAUGCUGACGCAAUUAAUAUCAGCGGCUCAUCGCUUUACCCAGUCAAUACAUCGGUAGUGAACGACACGCAGUGGGAAGAAAGUAUUACAUUUUGGCCGGGGGGACGGGUUCCCUACACGAUCAGUUCACUGUUCGACGCAUCCAGCAAGUUCCUUGUCGAGGAUGCCAUGCGUCGGAUCGAAGAUGCAACAUCCGGCUGCGUUAGUUUUGUGAAGAGAACCGUUCAAGAGGACUUUGUGCUCUUCCAACAUGGAGACAAUUGUUCAUCCUUCCUCGGAAUGAAGCAACACAGUGGAGGUGCCGGGCAACCGCUUUAUUUGGGAAACGAUUUAAAUGCCUCCUGCAUGGUGACGGGCAUUGUGCAGCACGAAAUCCUGCAUGCGCUAGGAAUGUAUCAUGAGCAUUCGCGACCGGAUCGCGAUGCCUACAUUGAUAUUAACCCUGACGCAAUUAUGCCGGGUCGCGAGGCAAAUUUCAACAUUAAACCCAAGGCACGAACAUACGGAAUCGAGUACGAUCUGGAAUCCAUUAUGCAUUACGGCGCGUUCGAUUUCGCUGUAUCCCAUCGUAUUCCGGUUAUUGAGCGGCGCGUAGCCGAUGCUCAAAUGGUCAUGGGACAGCGAAAGCGGCUAGCAGUGCGAGAUGCAGCUAAACUGCGGGUGGCUUACAACUGCCAGGUGGACACUGGAAAAUAUCUGACCAGCGACCAACUGGUUCCCCGGUUUGACCAGACGUUCCUCGCUCCAGAAGAGUGUGAUGUGCAGUUUAAUGAGCACUGUGGAUUAACUACGCUUGACAGAAGACACUGCAGAACAGCCAAAGCCCUUAUUAUAGCUUGCACAAUGCACGCCGAUGAGAACAUUUUGUGGAACAUGACGUCGGCUAUGGCAAAAUAUCCAUUGCGUGAAGUAGGAAUUAUUCUUGUUGAAUCACAAAUAACGCCCGAACCUUUCCGCCCAAUCCGCGACCAAGUAACCACGCUUAUUAUGCUUGUUUGCUCAGUAAGUCAAGCAACAGCCCGCAUUCCUUCGCUUGGUUUUUCUAAUCUAAAGGAAUUCGGGAUGAUUGAGUGCCGCGGGGUGAAUGUCCGCAAGCAGGAUUUUGCGUAUUCUCGAAAACUCAGCGUAAUCACCUUCACAAACACGACGCUGACGUAUUUGGAAAAGGGCACAUUUACCAACCUGGAACAUCUGGAGCUUCUUGCAUGGCACUUACGAGUGCAUCAAUCUCCAGUGUUUACUGCAGAGAUGCAAGAUUUUUUACGAUACAUGCACUGCAGCUGCGAAUUGGGCUGGUUUCGGCAGUGGUGGAAGGCGAGCAAACUCAUAAAAAAUCCCUCCAAUUCCAGUAAAAACAGGGUGCCGUUCUUGAAUACCGAUCUGCAAAUUUCAGAAAUCUUUUUGCCUAUAGAUUGUGCAGCGCAACCGUUCCCUUCUCACUUGAACAUGAUCGAUUUUACACAGAGGAAUUUCUCCAUUAACGCCCCGAUAAGCUGCCAGCAAAACCGAUCCAAGGAGCGGCCCGGCGAACCGGCCCUUCUGUUUCCACCAGAAAACCCCGUCAACAUGACCUUAACUGAAUGUCUAACCCAGUUUAAUACGAAAUGCAGGCCUAGUGGUAGCGGAAAACUACUUUCGCCAACAGACUAUUGUUUUCGUGCAGGAAAUCGUGGCUUUCUGGACAUUACCUGUCAAGCUGGAAUAACCAGCCGAGAGCUGCAGGAUAUGACGUAUGAUAUGGCUAAACUGUCGUCCAGGGACCUAACAGUUUCUCUGGUUGAUGGUGACUACAUUUCGUAUUCGACAUUCGCCGUUAUUAGAACACGAGUGUAUUAUCUGGAUGUUAGAAACUGUGUUGAUCGCCGCGCUAUAGGAAAGCUUACCGGGUUGGAGUUCACUAACCUGGUGUAUUUCGCUGUGGCGAACUGCUACCGUCUGGUUAUCAAGAAAAAUGAUUUCGCUGGGAUGCCCAAUUUAGAUAUGAUUUUUCUCUUUAAAUCCACGCUAUCUUCUCUGGACCCUGGAUCUUUUAGUUAUUUACCACGUUUAAGUGUUCUGUCGCUGGAAGCGGGACUGCGCGACGAUGCAAACUGGUCGAACGCCACGCGUCAGUAUCUCUGGGAGCUCCAUUGCAGCUGUCAAUAUGAUUGGUUUCGUUCUUGGUGGGCCUCAAAACUCAUCCCCAAGCUGAAGUACGUUUCUCCCAACGAGCCAGUUCUCACUCAAACGGAAAAUGUUCAAGAAUGCCAUUUUUUUCUGGGAUCUCCUUCCGUCCAUGGAUACUACUUGCUUGAACGCCCUGUACACUCGAUUCUGCCUAAAGCCGGACUUUUACAUAACGCUUUAGUGUGCUUCGGCAAGCAGGACUUAUACAUUCCUGUAGACUGCGGUGAUAAACUAUUCCCAAAUAACACCGAUUACAUCGACUUCGGGCUGAUGAACUUUUCCGCUAAUGCACCCGACUGCAUGGAUAACUAUACAACGGGCAAAUCAGUUCUACCAAAAAUGAUCAACAAACUCGCCAACAUGACAGAAUUACGAUUAAACAAUGUCCACAAUGGAGAAGCGACGUCUGUUCACAAAACCACUGUCAAAGAGAGGCGAUCACAAAUCCUAACUAUUGCAAUCAAUCCUCACGGAAACAUGCAUUUUCAAGAUGACCAGUGGCUGAACACCACCGAACCGGCUUCCAGAACUGGCGAACUGUCUAAGCAACGCUUCUGGCCAGAUAGAACGGUUCCGUUUCUUAUCAGCAAAGCGUUCGAUUGGCGAGACGUAAUGUUGAUCGAAAGCGCUCUGGACGACAUUCAUCUCAGAACAGCGCGCUGCCUCAAUUUCGUCAAAAAGACGUCGGAGGUCGAUUUUAUAUACUUUCUACCAUCAAACACAAACUCGGGCUGCCGAUCUCCCGUUGGACGUCAAGGAGGCGCGCAGAUGAUCAGUCUGACGCCCGCUUGUCUUUCCACUGGGAUCAUUCAGCAUUUAGUACUCCAUUCACUUGGACUUUUCCAUGAACACCAACGCCCGGAUCGGGACAACUACGUGAAUUUCGAUGCAAGCCGAACAAACCUUACAUCGCCGUUCCAGAUUUUGUCAAAGAUGCCUUCCUACAGCACAGCGUACGAUUUGGAAUCCAUCAUGCAUUUCGGACCGUACGAUUUUGCCAACGGCUACCAGCCAGUUUUACUUCCGAAAUACCGAAGUAACGUUAAAAUGGGCCAGAGACGCGGCUUAAGUGCAACCGAUGUGGUUAAGCUUAAUACUGCCUAUAACUGCACUAUUGGACGUGAAAAAACACAUAUGGAGCCGUUUCCGGCAUUUCUCCCGCCCACUCUAAGUCCAUUGGAGUGCGCUCGUUUCAAAAGAUUUCCUUGCAUCUCCGUCAGUUUCAAGUGCACCGGUACAACAUACAUUCGCUUGGAGUGUGAGAAGAACCCAUCGCUCGACCAACUACGCCAGUUAACAGCCGAAGUCAGUAAAUCCUUGCAAGCGGUGACCUUGUUGUGGUACGAUGCGGUUAGUGUUGAUGCAGAAAUCUUCCAACCUAUCCGCCGGCAAGUGAUAUCUUUCACGAUUUCUAACUGUGCCAGCCAUGGGUCCACGAGGGCCUUAGUCCAAUUCCGCUUCAACAAUUUGCUGGUGCUGACGUUGAGUCACUGUUAUGACCUUUCCAUUCGGAGGAGAGACUUUUUGGGAUUAGGCAGAUUAACCACCGUUCUGUUCUACCGGAGCACAAUCCAGGCACUGGAAUGGGACGCUUUUGCUGGUCUACCAGAAUUAAGAGUGCUGAGUAUGGAGCUUUGUAUUCACUGCAACAAGAACGAUUGGAGCAAACAGCGGGAAAAGCUUGGCUUACGGUAUCUCCAGUUUAUCGAAGACCUUCACUGCGGUUGCCGGUUUUCGAAAUUUAGAUCAUGGAUUGACAGUAACAAAGCGCUGAUUGCUGGGACGAAGCCCGGAUAUGUUUUUCACAUUGAGAACAUUAUGCGCAGUGCAGGAUACAAGGCCAAAUAUCUUUACGUCCCAGCUGACUGCAGUAAAGUGCCAUUUUUUGACAAUCCUGAUUUCUUCAAUUUCUCUCGUACGGAAUAUUCAAUUAACGAGCAAGUUUGUAAUGAAAAUGCGUCCAUUUUUGUCACUGCUGUUUGAGUCUCGAUGUGCGUGUUUGAUGUUUGAGUCUCGGUUUGACUCUCGAUGCGUGUGUCGUAAUAACUAUGGAUUCAGGUUGGAAUAUAGCAUUCAGUCAACUGCAUUACGUUUAGGCCAGACUCAGUAUGAAAGAUCGCGGACUGAAGUGUAUACCUAAAAAAAUGCAACCGCACGCGAUUUUU